UUUCUAGACUCCGUCAAGACCCCGCCUUACCUCCCGCUUCAACGGCCCGCCGUCUCGUGCGACAACUCGUGCUUCCACCACAAUCUACACGGCAAGCUGAUUCGCGAGAGCUGAAAGAAGAGCACUACAUUUACAGCAGCAGCAACUUUCACCAGGGUGUCCGCCGAGAGCGUGCGUCACCCCGCCCGCGAAGACAGGACAACACCGCCGGAUCGAUGAUCAUGAUCAUUAAGCUGGUGCUAGCCGCUUCCGCGGCCCUCGCAAGCCUUUCCCCGGCUAGCGCGUUCGUCACCACCGCUCCUAGAGUGGCUUCAUUGCCAACAGCAGGGCAACAGUACCGCUCCUUCACCUCGUCGCAUGCCGGUGCUAGAGGCGCCGUCGCAACGCCGCUGUCCAUGAUGUCGGGUGACGGGCAAGCGGGGCUGGUGACUGUCUACUACAAGGAGACCUGCCCGCACUGCAAAAAGGCGUUGGCCCUUCUGGAGAAUGAUUAUGCGUUGAAGGUGACGCGCGUGAAUGUGCUGGAGGGCGAGGACAGCGAGAAGAAGAUAAAGCAGAUGAAGACCUUUAGCGGAGCUAACACCGUCCCUCAGAUUUUCUUUAACUCGGAACACCUCGGCGGAAACGACGAUGUCCAGAAGCUCCACCAGGACGGAAAGCUCGAGGAGUUGGUGAAGAAGAUGCGGGCGGAGGCCCCAGGGAUGAUGAAAGAUUCCUGGUACCACCCGUGGUACUGAAGACUCAAGGGUAGGAAGAGCGCCGCCGGUGGACGAGUGCUGCCGGUGUAGAGCCAUUGUCCGUGUGCAGUUUGUCUGUUGUUGUUGAUUGUUUUCCUGGUUUCAAUAGAGGAAUGAUUUACAUGCUUUUCCGGCAAUUUUCAGCAGUUGCGGUUCGUCACGUUCAUAUUAGAUAUAAUCGCCCCUUGGAUACAUACUUUGAUCGACGGUCGGGCACUCUCCGGGGUGCAGGACAUGCUAGGACGAUGGAGGAGUGGCUGUUCUGUGUGGUCGACCUUCGUGUCGAGGGUUGCGUAAUGUAUGUGCUAUACCAGCAGUUGUUUAGAGCAGGUAACAGUAGUAGCCGGGAGUUUGACAGGGUGGUAGUAGACUCUGGAUGCUGGGUGUCACCGCCAACUUUUUGGAGACGGGUGACGGCGCUAUUUGGGGGCGCCCCUUCUUGGUUGUUGGCAAUUGUGGAGGUUUGUGUUGUUGUCGGCGGCAUUUUGAGUGCGAGCGGUUAUUGACCUCGCACAUCGGUCCUUGCGGACGGGAUUAUGGGUGUUUGCGAAAUAAGUUAACGUUUACGACGAAAUCGUGGGGUCGCUGAAAAUAUGACGGGAGUUACGCGAUGGUGUGGCAAACAUAGCUUCGCAUUAUUUUGAGGCAUUUCCAAGAUGAAUUUUAGGACACUCUGUAGAUUGCCUGGUGAUAAAAGAUGAUUUCACCUGUGUUGAGCGUCGAUGUCAAAUAAACAGUCAGUUCGAUUCGACAUUGAUCGCUUUGAACCCCCCGUGCGCUCUGUGCAUGCCCUACAGCAGUAGAUUCCCCAUCCAAAUUGAAGGCCGGUUUUCACCAUCAAAUUUUCCCAGCCGAAGGUCUGCGAAACUGGU